UACUCCUAUAUACUUAUUUACUUAUUUAUUUGGGGUUUGUUUCCAUAUAAUAAGCAAAUGAGAUGAACUCAUGUUUUUGUUUAUUCAUCUAAAUCUGAGACUCUCGAUGUCAGGAGGGGCAUCAUCAUCACCAGCCUUUAAUAAUAAUACUUAUUAUACUAUACUCUGUUUAUUAUUGAUUAAUGUUCUUAUUCCUUCUCUUACCACCAAAGCUCAGAAUGAAACUAAACUCACUUCUACACCUCCCUCUGAAGUGAGAGCAUUGAACUUGAUCUUUGAGCAAUGGAAUAUAAGGGCUGAGUCUAAUGAAUGGAACAUAAGUGGAGAACCAUGCAGUGGCUUCGCCUUGGAUGAAUCCCCACCCAUCACCGACACAUCCUAUAAUCCCUUCAUCAAAUGCGACUGUACUUUCAACAGUGGCACCAUCUGUCACAUUACUAGAAUGAAAGUAUAUGCAUUGAGUGUUGUUGGUCCAAUUCCAGAAGAGCUAUGGACUCUGACCUUCCUUUCCGAUCUGAACUUGGCCCAGAAUUUGUUGUCAGGCUCUCUAUCUCCAUCAAUUGGAAACCUCACUAACAUGCAAUACUUGAGCUUAGGCAUAAAUGCACUGUCAGGAGAGGUACCAAAGGAAUUGGGACAACUUACUGAGCUAAUAUCUUUGUCUUUUUCAUCAAACAACUUCUCUGGUCCUCUGCCCCAAGAACUAGGGAACUUAAGCAAAUUAGAACAACUUUACAUUGAUAGUUGUGGAAUUAAUGGAACAAUUCCUUCAACAUUUGCAAAUCUCCAAAGCUUGAAAACAGUAAAGGCAUCAGAUAUUGAACUCACAGGCGAGAUACCUGAAUUCAUAGGAAAUUGGUCAAAUCUUACUUCCUUAAAUUUUCAAGGAAACUCUUUUCAAGGACCUAUACCAUCAACUUUGGCGAAUCUAACUUCUCUAACAGAGUUGCUAUUGAGUGAAAUAUCUAAUGGCAGUUCUUCUCUUGCAUUUAUCGCCAAUAUGAAAUCUCUAUCAGUCUUAGUAUUAAGGAAUAUCAGCAUCACUGGCUCGAUUCCUUCGAAUAUCGGUGAACAUAAAGACUUGACACAGUUGGAUUUGAGCUUCAACAAGUUAAAUGGACAGAUUCCAAAUUCUCUUUUCAACUUGAGUUCACUUAAUGCUUUGUUUCUUGGAAACAAUAACCUAAAUGGUACCUUGCCUCAAAGGAAAAGUGCAUCUCUUCUCACCAUAGAUGUAACAUACAAUAAUUUAGUGGGAAGUAUUCCUUCUUGGGUAAACAAUCAACAAAAUUUAGACAUUAACUUGGUUGGAAACAAUUUUACAAUAGAUAAUUCAAACAACAGAACUCUUUUUACAAAAUUGAACUGCCUUCAAAAAAAUUUCCCAUGUAAUCGAGAUCGUCCUCUCUAUUAUAACUUUGGCAUUAACUCUGGUGGUAAUGAAAUUAGAUCUUCUACUGACAAUCUUGUGUAUGAAAAAGAUGAUGAAGCUCUUAGUCCAGCUGCUCAUUUUGUCACCAGCUCUGAGAGAUGGGGAGUAAGCAAUGUUGGACUUUUCGCAGGGAAUAGCAAUGCUACCUAUACAAGUAAUUCAUUAUCUCAAUUUCAAAAUACUUUAGACCCUGAACUAUACCAAACUACAAGGCUUUCUGCUUCAUCAUUGAGAUACUAUGGUCUGGGGCUUCAGAAUGGAAACUACACUGUCAAACUUCAGUUUGUAGAAACUGCUUUCGACUAUCCUAGCAGCUGGAAAAGUUUGGGCAGGCGUAUGUUUGAUAUUUUUAUCCAAGGAAAGCUUGAAAUAAAAGAUUUUGACAUCAGAAAGGAGGCUGGUGCAGUCUCUCUCCGAGCAGUCCAGAAGGAAUUUAAGGCUCGGGUUUCAGAGAACUACCUUGAAAUUCAUCUUUAUUGGGCUGGGAGAGGAACUUGUUGCAUACCAGCUCAAGGUACUUAUGGACCAUCCAUUUCAGCCAUCAGUGCUACUCCAGAUUUCGAACCUACAGUUAGUAACAUUCCUCCAAGCAAUAAGAAGAAUCGAACUGGUUUGAUUGUGGGGAUCAUUGUUGGGGCUGUCACUUUCAUCCUUUUGUCUGUUGUAGUGGCCUUUUAUGUUGUUCAGAGAAGAAAGAAGUCUCAAAUGAAUGAUGAUGAAGAGUUCUUGGGGAUGGAUGUUAAGCCAUUCACUUUUGGUUAUGCUGAACUAAGGACGGCCACAAAUGAUUUCGAUUCCUCAAAUAAGUUGGGAGAAGGAGGAUUUGGACCUGUCUACAUGGGAACACUUGAAGAUGGAAGAGUAAUUGCUGUGAAGCAAUUGUCAGUGACUUCUCACCAAGGAAAGAGCCAGUUUGUGGCUGAGAUCGCCACGAUAUCUGCAGUGCAACACCGAAACCUGGUCAAAUUAUAUGGAUGUUGUAUUGAGGGAGAGAAAAGACUUCUUGUUUAUGAGUAUUUGGAAAAUAAGAGCCUUGAUCAAGCACUAUAUGGUAAGAAAAGUUUGAAUCUGAACUGGUCAACACGGUUUGACAUUUGCUUGGGCAUUGCAAGAGGUCUUACUUACCUUCAUGAGGAGUCACGGCUUAGAAUUGUACACCGAGAUGUCAAAUCCAGCAACAUUCUUCUUGACUCGGAUCUCAUUCCUAAAAUAUCUGAUUUCGGUUUAGCCAAACUUUAUGAUGAUAAAAAGACUCAUAUAAGUACAAGAGUUGCAGGAACUAUUGGUUAUCUUGCACCUGAAUACGCCAUGCGUGGACACCUUACAGAGAAAACAGAUGUCUAUGCAUUUGGAGUUGUGGCAUUAGAAAUCGUUUCUGGCAGACCAAAUUCAGACUCAAGCUUAGGUGAAGAAGGAGCUUUUCUUCUUGACUUGGCUUGGGAUCUACAUGAAAAAGACCGUGAAAUCGAACUUGUUGAUUCAAAACUAUCAGAAUUUGACGCUGAAGAAGUGAGGAGAACUAUAGGAGUAGCUUUUUUAUGCACUCAAACAUCACCUGUAGCUCGCCCAUCAAUGUCAAGAGUGGUGGCAAUGCUUUCAGGAGACACUGAUGUGAGCACUGAAGUUUCGAGGCCUGGUUACUUAGUUGAUUGGAAAUUCAACGAUGUCAACACCUUAAUGAGUCAAAUUGAACAAGGGACAACUGAUCCUACCUUGUAUGACUCAUGUUCAAGUACAAGCAUAGUAGCAGAUGCAAUGCCAUCACAAAGAGAAAGACAAACUCAUCCAAUGCUUCAAGACAAUGGUCAGUGAAGUUGAUGGAGCAAGGGCUUGGGAGUGAAACUAACAGCCCUUGUUAUGAAGUUAUGCUUUUCUGUUUAUGAACAGAGUUACACCUUAUUUUUGUUCUGUUUAUCCUUGCUUAUUUAUUUGUGUCAUAAAAUUUGAACUGAGAUAAUCUGGUUUGGGGGUUGAGAAUGGAAACUACACUGUCCAAUCUCAAUUAAUAGUUACCAACUUUCUUGUUAUGAUGUUUGAAAAUAAAAAAACAAGACUCAGUUUACCUA